AUCAUUUCCUGGAUCAUACUCUGAACCCAAUCAUCCUGUCCUGGUAGGUCUGUUUCCUGUUCCUCUGAUUGGUUGUCCCCUUCUCCUUUUUGAUUGGCCGAUGCUGCCGGGAGUCCGCAUUCAAGAACGCAACAAACCUGCCGCAAGUCAUUAGUUGUGCCCUCACCUCUCAGAACACCAAACAUCCCAACCCCGCUUCAGCUCCCAACAAUGAACGAAGAGCUCGCCAUCUUCAUCGCCUCCCCUGACCCCGCCAACACCCAAUUCUUCCCCUCGAGGAAGAGACUCACUCGUCGCUCUCGCAUCAGGCCUGCCUCGAUCUUCCACCCGGAAGACCCCUCCCUCACACCGGAAGAACACUUCCCCUUGCAAACCGUCCGCGCCCCCGACCGCCCAGACCACCCCCGCUUCGUCAACAGGUUUAACAGCAGGGAAGUUUUACUUGUUAUCGACGCGUCAUGUAUCAAUAACGGCCGCCACGCGGAUAAAUCCUCCCCUCCCGUUGGCAGCUCCUCUCCAAGUUCAAGAACUCACCUGGAACCCCAAAUGCGGCUGUGACGCUCCCUUUGUCAGAGGAGUACAAUGGGCCCAUUACCGGGACAAUUGCUUUCCGUCUUGAGGAGGAACCCCAGGGUGAUGUAAUAGAUUACACUUCCAAUCGGGCUAAACUCCGCGCUGUGAUUGCGGCGUUGCAGUUUAGGAGUUGGCAUGGGGAGGGUUUGAAGAGGGUGGUGGUGUUGACGGAUUGGGAGUAUAUCGUCAAGGGGGCUACGGAGUGGUUGCCUAGGUGGGUGGGCAGGCGGUGGAGGAAGUCGAAGGUUGGGAGGUCGGGCAGGAAGUAUGCCAAUCGGGACUUGUGGGAGGAGUUGCAGCAUAGGAUUGAGGAGCUGGGGUGAAGGGUGCGAGGUUUCGUUUUGGCUGGUGAGGGAUGGGGAGUUGAUAAGGCAGACGAAGGCGGCGGCGAGGCUGGCGGCGUGGGAGUGGAAGAAGGAGGGGUUGCCGGUGGAGAGGUAUACGAGGUUGUUUGGGAUUAUGAUAUGAGAGACGAUGGGGGAUGUGGGCGAGAGGUGUGAUGUGGAUGUUGGGAUCUGAUGAAGAAGAUCUGGGAGGCUGUGUGUUGGGACGCGAUUCAAUGAGUGAGCAGGUGAGGUCACGUCUAUUCAAGCUAAUGAGACCUGGGUCAAUUGUCUUUUUCUUCAUUUUUCUUUCCUUCGACUGAAUGUUUACCAACAUCCCCAGGUACUUCGCACAACCUCAAAUUAAUGUUCAUUAAUUGCUACCUACCGGCAGUCUGGUCGCUGCGGGCCGAGAGCGGAUUCAUGCAGUGCCGAAGGAACUGUGGAAUCGCGGGGAACGGGCCAAUGUGGGGUACUCGGCUUCCAUCGGGCCAGUCCCGCACUGGAGUUACUCAAGCACCACCCUUCUUCAAGCGGCAAAAGCCAUAAAUGUUUAGAACAGCUCUCUCAACUCAUUCAAAAGUUACCUGUACGACCAAGCACUACGAGUUACGGACAAGAUGGCUAACGAAUCCUGGAUCCCCAACUACAGCCCCUCAAAUGACUUUUCUCUCGCCAAUAUCCCCUUCGGCAUCAUCAGCACUCCGGAGGACCAAACACUCCGCCCAGCCAUCGCCAUUGGAGGCUUUGCACUGGACUUGAAAACAUGGCUGGCCAUAGUGAACAAGGAGAAACUUGCCGACGUCUUCUCAGGUGUUGAUAUUGAUCAGCUUGACCAUGCUCUAAGCCAACCCACCCUCAACAGUUUCGCUGCUCUUGGACGGCCGGUGCACAGAAUUGUACGAAAAGGACUCCAGGAUCUAUUACACAAAGACACGCCAUAUGCAGAGCUCCUCAGGGAUGACGAGAAUGCCAGGACCAAAACCUUGAGCAGGCUGAGCGAUGUUACGAUGCACCUUCCAAUGGAGAUUGGAGACUACACCGACUUCUACGCAGGCUAUCACCAUGCCUAUGCGGUUGGUGUCAUGUUCCGCGGGCCAGAAAACGCCCUCCAGCCAAAUUAUACGCACUUACCGGUAGGAUACCACGGUAGGGCAUCGAGUAUCGUGGUGGAUGGGACGCCAAUUCGGAGGCCAGUAGGUCAGAUACUGCUGGACCCGAAAGCUGAGCCAAAGAAACCUGUGACUGGGCCUACGAGGAAACUGGAUAUCGAGCUUGAGCUUGGGUGCUUCAUCUCAAAGCCUAACAAAAUGGGCGAGUCUGUAGAUGUGAAACAGGCUGAGGAGCACAUCUUUGGCUAUGUGCUCCUGAACGACUGGAGCGCGAGGGAUAUUCAGGCCUGGGAGUAUGUGCCGCUGGGGCCGUUCAAUGGCAAGAACUUCGGGACAACAAUUAGUGCCUGGGUGGUGCUGGCAGAUGCGCUAGAGCCGUUCAAGGUGAAGACCGAGAUUGAUAACAAGACCGAACUGCAAGAGUAUUUGAAGGGCGAGGAGGAUAAAACAGUGUUUGACAUUAAGUUGGAAGUCGAUUUGACAACUGCUGAUGGGAGCACAAAUACCAUUGGAAGGACAAGCUCGAAGUAUUUGAUGUGGUCAUUUCCUCAGAUGAUUGCGCAUCAUACUCUGGGUGGCUGUUCGAUGCGUCCUGGUGACUUGCUUGGAUCUGGGACAAUUAGUGGCCCAGGUGGUGUCGAGGAGAGGGGGAGCUUGCUGGAGAUGACUGAGAACGGGAAGAAAGAAGUAUUGCUGGCCGGGAUGAAUGCCAGAACGUUUUUGAAGGAUGGUGACAGCAUUACACUGAGAGGAUUUUGUGCUGAUGACGGCAAGGGAGUACGUGUUGGGUUUGGGCGCUGUUCAGGAACAGUCCAUGGUGGCCCACAGAGAUGA